AUGCCUGCCCCCAUCGUGACUGUCGCUGAGCCUGUGCUCUCUGUGCGAGAUCUGGAGGCAGACGAGCAGUAUGUCAUGACUGCCUUUGAGCGGCACGCAAACCAUUGUUACCGGUGCAUGAACCCUCUGGAUGUCCACCAGAAGGGCCACUCGCUCUGCGACCGUGGACAUCAGUACGCCAUCGACGUCGCCGCCUACCUAUACUCCAAGAACGGCAAGGCAUACUCUGUUGUUGACCGUGACCUCAACCAACCCACACUGGUGAAGAUCCCCCGCAACUGUGUCGCAACUCGAGAGCUUUUGCUCGCUAUCGAGGCCGGGCUCCGACCACAGCGCAGAGAGAAACCCCGGGCUCCUGUUGCCCCCCUGGUGUCUGACGAAUCCACCUCACCGAUCAUCAGCUACGACCGCACAUAUCAUGUCCCUCCGCGACGCACAAACACCCAGCAGCAGCAGCAGCAGCAGCAGCCUGUCACCUGUACUGAGAUCAUCGAGAGGGAGCCACGUGCGAUCAAGAGCCGUCGGGUUAUCAUCUACCCUUCUCCUAACCGGGGAUCCUCUAGCAGAGGAUCUCUCUACGACUCGGACGCAGCUGACCGAGUGGAGCGUGUCAAGGAGUCUUCGCGAAUCUACCGCCCAACCGAGUACUACCGCUGA